UGUCGUUUGCUCAGCCCUGUGACUAAUUCAUUGACAAAUUCGUUUCAAAUUCAUGUAAACAAUUGUGUAAUUCAAGUAUAGUUAGUCCAGAAUUAUGUUGCGGCCUUACUGGAGGCAUAUGACCACACAUGGCAUUGGAAGUGUAGCCAUUAGGAGAGCGGUGACCACUGAAGCGCCAACAAUGUCUGAGCCCCCUAAAGACGCCUUCGAAAGGGAGUUUCUGGAGCAACGCAUCGAGAUUACAGGUUUUCAGAAACUACUUCUAGGAGCAGGAUCAUCGUUAGCUGCAAUUUUGGAUCCACGACGCCAUGACAUGAUUGCCUGUUUAGGGGAGACUACAGGCGAGGAUGCGCUAUGGGACAUACUGAAGACCGUGCAACAGUCUGAGGAAGGACAGCGCAUCAUGGCCGAGAAGCCACGCAUCAACACAAGCACCAUUGAUUUUAAAUGCCUAGAAGCUUUACCGGAAAACACGUUUGGUGCCACUUAUGCAAAGUUCCUCAAAGAUAAUCAAGUAACGCCAGACUCACGCAUGCCCGUGCGCUUCUUAGACGAUCCAAAAUUGGCUUACUUGAUGACACGUUAUCGCGAAUGCCAUGAUCUUGUCCACACGGUGCUGGACAUGCCGACGAACAUGCUCGGCGAAGUGGCCGUCAAGUGGGUUGAAGCACUAAAUACCGGAUUGCCGAUGUGCUAUGGUGGAGCGGUGUUCGGUGCGGUGCGAUUGCGCCCAAAGCAGCGUCGUGAAUACAUAAAACGGUACUUGCCCUGGGCCAUUGAUAAUGGUAAGCGUAUGAAGCCGUUACUGCCGGUUUACUGGGAGGAGCGUUGGGAACAAAAUGUGGAUGAGCUGCGUUCUGAGCUGGGCAUUAAGUUGUUAAAAUAAACAGUUUUUUUAAAUUCGA